UCACAAACAAUGAGCAAUCUCCGUCCAAUCAGGAUUCACCUAGGCGACAUCACUUCCUGGUUGAGUUCCCAUGCUUGAUCUGUGCUUUUCGGAUAUAUACACGCUUGUUUCGCUGUUCAAAAGAACAUUUAUAUAAUGGCUAAAGACAAGACCAGUUCGUCUAAAAGGAAGAAGCAGAGUUCAGAUGUCACCGAGGUUCACGAGGAAGAAAUAAUGGACUCUAAAGUCAAAAAGAAGAAGAAGAAGAUGGAAGUUGAGGAGGCUCCAGUACAGAUUGUGACAAUAGAAGCAGACGAUACAAAACUGAAAAAGGAAAAGAAACGCAUAAAAAAACCAAAGACAGAGCAAAGUGAGGAGGCUCCAGUAGAGAUUCCUCACGUGACCGUCACAGCAGACGAUAAAAAACAGAAAAAGGAAAAGAAACACAAAAAGAAACAAAAGGCAGAGAAAAGUGAGAUUCCCGAUCCACCCUGUGAUCCGGAGGGGACCAAGGAGCUGGAAGGAGAGGAGGACCUGAGCCCCGAGGACAAGAGGGUCAUGGAAAGGAAGAUGAAGAAGGUCAUGAAAAAGGAGGAGAAAAAGCGGAUUAAAGCUGAGGGAGAGACCGCACCAAAAACUGAAGCAUCUGUACCCAUUGGUCCUCAGCAGGCCUUAGUUUACCUCACCUGCUGGGCUGAAAACCGUGCAGAGUGGAAGUUCCAGAAGAUCAGGCAGACGUGGUUACUGCAGCAUAUGUUCAACUCUGAACAGGUUCCAGAUGAGAAGUUCUCCGUGCUGCUUGAGUACUUGGAGGGGCUCCGUGGAGCAGCCAAAGACACCACGGUGCAGAAAGCCUUAGCCCUGGUGGAAGAGUCCGGACAGGCCCCAGAGGACAAGGAUGUCCAGCAGAGGGCGCACAGAGCCAGAGAAGUCAUCCAGCUGCUCUCAUAACCCACCACCAUCACACAUGAACUCCACAAGAAAAAGACUGAAGCGUGUUCCCGGGGCAGUGGACUGAAUGCCCCACCUAUUAUCAAGCUAAAACACGCUGUUUGUAUUUUUUGGCACGGGUCCUUUAGGGAAAGGAUGCAUUUGGAUCCAAUUAGACUUAAUCAUUACAAUGUUCAAUCCAUCUAGGUUAUCCUUCCUUCUUCAUUUGACAUUCCUUGGGUGUGUAUCAUUGCCUCAUCCAAGUGCUUUCAUUCUUUCAAUCUUACAGUAUAUCAUUCUCAAGUGUAUUUUUUAUUGCAAAUAGAUUUUUGCAGCGUUGUGGACAGAUGAGUAGAGAUGUGAAUCCCCCUAAGGAUGCAACGGAAAGAUGAGAGUAAGAAGUCUCAGGAAUGUUUGUAGUCGAGACAUGUUUUUGCGUGUCAGGUAAUCUGUGAAGUCACUGAUGAGAAUAACUUUCUCAUCCACUCCAGGUAUAAGCAUGAUAAAUAUGUUUUGGAGCUUCAGCCCUGAAGUCCAUGUUCAGUACAUUAUAAUUAUACAUAACAUGUGUUUAACUACUAA